GUUGACAACGGAAUGAGAAACUGAAGAUUUUAUUGAAAAUUCGUGAAAUAUCGCUCAAAUAUAACAUACGUCUACUCGCGAUCGUAUUUGAUUUACGCUUUCAACUAUAAGACAUGUUUGUAGUGAAAUGAUUAACCAAGCUGUUACGAACGAUAGUGAAAAAAUCGAAGAAAUGCCUGGGGCAAAGCGCGACUAUGUUGGGUCGGGUUUUUCUACGAUUCAGAUUGUUUCACGAAUUGUUUUAGCUGUCAUGCUAGAGUUUUGGAAAAUAUGCACAAGUGCUCUUCUAAUGGUUUUGUUAAUCUUUUGGUUUCAAGGAGGAUUUUUAGCAUCUUUAGUGUUAGUUGUUGCUGUUUUUGGUAUAUUUUAUAACGCACAAGAUUUGUUACUAUAUCAUCCAAACCAGCCUCCCCAAUCCCGUCUUUAUGUAGAACUUCCGUCCAUAGUUAAUCUUCCGUAUGAAAAUCACUUUAUCAAAUCCCAAGAUGGAACUGUUAUAAACAUGGUUUUGAUCCCGCAGAAGAAAGCAGAUUCUCCAACUCUUAUAUUUUUUCAUGGAAAUGCAGGAAAUAUUGGAAACAGAUUAUUAAAUGCGUAUGGUUUAUAUACUGCAUGUGGUUUUAAUAUAUUAAUGGUAGAAUAUAGAGGAUAUGGUAAAAGUCAAGGGUCACCAUCAGAACAUGGUUUUUAUAUCGAUAGUCAAACAGCUAUGGAUUUUUUACUCAAGAGACCAGAAAUAAAUAAAUCGCGUAUCAUUGUGUUCGGGCGAUCUCUAGGUGGGGGAGUGGCUACUCACUUGCUAACUCAACCAUAUUAUUCUAGAUUCAUAUGUGCCUUAAUCUUAGAAAAUACUUUUACAUCCAUACAGAGUAUAGGAGCAGUCAUAUUUAAAAUGGACUUUUUAAAAUAUGUUCCAAGUAUUAUGUUAAAAAAUAAAUUUUGUAGUAAUAAAAGAAUGAGUAAUAUCAGACAACCAACGUUAUUUAUAUCAGGAUUAUCAGAUAAUCUUAUACCACCAAAAAUGAUGCAAGAACUCUUCCAGUUAUCAGCGAGUAGUUUUAAACGAUUUGUACCAAUACAAGGUGGUAACCAUAACGAUACCUGGACCUGUCCUGGUUAUUAUGAAGCUAUAGCAUCUUUUUCAAGGGAGGUUUUAAAUCAAGAGAAAUCCCAGAAUUCAUCAGAAGAUUUACACUUAACCUUGGACACAAGUGUACAUAAUGUUUAACAUUUUGUAGGACAAAUUGAAACCUAUAGCAUUUGGCCGUACAUGUGAAUAUGGACUACACCGGUUCCUCGAAGAAAAUUAGAGAAGAGUGAUCAUUUUUACAUUGAGUUUUGCAGAGCUCAUUUUUGAAAAACACUGGAAUCUACUGCUCAUUGGACUAUCCAACCCGCUGUAAUCACAGAACAACCAUAGCACUUAGUACAUAUGAAAACGGACUACACCGGUUCCUUGAAUAAAAUUAGAGAAAAGUGAUCAUUUUUGAAAAAC